AUGAUCAAAAGAAAACGUUUCUUUUUCGUUUUACUCUUCUCCGUCGUGUCGAGCCUCUUUUUACUUGUACAAUACUUUAAAAGAGAUGAUCUUUCGUCGCCGAUCUCAUCCCACAAUUUACUCUUCGAUUUCUUGAAUAGCUCGACUUUUAUCCAACCUACGCCGAAGAGGGAUGUUUCGUAUGCUUUUGUGGCGUUGUUGAAAAAUCGAGAUAACAUUGCUGAGUACGAAUUUGCUCAAAAAACAGUGAAAUGCUAUUGUGAAUCGAGGAAAAUCCCUUAUUAUUUGCUUGUGAACGAUGAAGAGAAUGUGAAAGGAUGUGCAAUGGAAGAUUAUAUGUAUCAACGGCAUUGUAUCCUUGCAAACUUCAUGAACACGACAGAGCACGAAUGGUUUGUGAUGCUGGAUGCGGAUAUGGGAGUGAUCAACCCGGACACUUCAAUCGACAAAUUCAUCCCCAACAAUGAGUCGAUCUUUCUGGUGCUAACGAAUCGAGUGAUGAACUCGGAGAUCAUGACUGGAUCCUAUAUUGUGAGAAAUGAUCCUCGUGGCCGCGACUUUCUAAUGAUGUGGGCGAAGAGUUUCGAGGUUUAUCGAGACCGUUUCGGGAGCGACAAUGCUGCUGUGCAUAGUGCAAUCGUUCGACGCUAUCUCCCAAAAUUGGAAUCGAGUCUGGCUAAAUGUGAAUAUUGGUGGAAAUUGACCGAACAAUAUUGUCGUCUUUUUCUUUAUGAAGUCUGUGUUCGAAAUCUCCUCGACAACUUUGACAUUCCAGGCGUUCAGUUCCUGGAGAAAACCUAUUCCUAUGUGCGGGAUGGAUGGCUGACUGGAGGGAAAUUCAGUCAACAUGAUUUCAUCUUUCACAAUUGGAAAGAGAAAGUAAAAAACAAUCGAGCCGCAUUUGGUUGGUGGGAUUACCAAUUCACCGAGGAUGCUUUCAAUAAUUUAAGUCUCUGCACAUCGGGCGAGGAAGCCUACCAGCUUUGGCGUUACAAGCCCGGCUUCCGAGUGACCGUUGCCGAAAAUCGAAAAUCGUUGGAUACUUGGAUAAAAAACACGAAAAAAGAACGAGAUCGGCAAGCAAAGCUCUCGCAAACGUUCAACGUGGAUUCGGCAGUGAAUUGCCAU